CGUUUGUGAAGAGGGCGCCCCGGGGCCCCGGUUUGAUUACUUGACAACCGAGAUGGCGUGAAAGUAGCCGCAAAUCAGCUGCAUCUGUCAAAUCAACAGAUGUAUUGUAGUUUGCCCCCUGGAAGAGCGGACUUUUAGCCCCCUUGCGCCCCAUCAGCCCGCUUGUAUGCCUGUGCCUAGUGCGUGCGUGCAACCACCGCCAAAAAUGACAAUUCUCCCUCCCAGAAUUCGCCAAGUGUCAUAAUGAAAAUUCCGUCGAAAAACUCGUCGAAAUUUGUGAAUUGGUCGCGUAAAUAGUGGUAGAAUAGAAAUUUCUUACGAUUUGAUGGUAAAGUCAGCAUAGGCAAUGCAAGAGUGUUUUUUGAAAAUCCUCGCGAGGUUUCGUUUGGGCCCUUCCAAUGGGCAAUUGCCUGGCGUGCUUCAAGGAGCCCAACAGUACGGCCCUGGACAACUCGCCCAAUUGCCGUAAAGAAGAAAUGCCCGAAGCGCAGCUGUAUCCGGCUCCGAGUCACGUGCCAGCCUCCUCGGCCCCAACCGAGACGAUCCUGAGCAACGGCAACCACCUAACAGCCCUUCCGGAACCCGCCAACAACCGUUUCUACCCUCGCAAGCCCCAUUCGAAGUCGGCGCCGGCGAUGGGUCUCACCGAUAGCAAACCAUCCGACGCGAAACUAAACGCACUUUUCGACCAGUACAAGGACAACGCGGAGGACACCAUCCUCGCAGAGGGCAUCGAACAGUUGUGCAGAGACCUGCAGAUCUCGCCCGACGAUUUUCGGAUUUUGGUACUGGCGUGGAAGCUCAACGCCGAGCAGAUGUGUCGGUUCACCAGGUCCGAGUUUGUCACGGGGUUGAAGGCCAUGCGGGCCGACUCGGUCAAGGGGAUCCAGGGCCGGCUGCCCGAGCUCGUCGCGGAGGUCGGCCAGGACGUGGAGCAGUUUAAGGAUUUGUACAGGUUUACCUUCCGGUUCGGCCUGGAUUCUGCGGCGGGGCAGCGAAUCCUGCCGACGGACAUGGCGGUGGUGCUGUGGCGGCUGGUGUUCACAAUGCGGGAACCCCCGAUCCUCGCGCGCUGGCUGUCGUUCCUCGAGAGUCACCAGUCGGUUCGGGGGAUUCCCCGCGACACGUGGAACAUGUUUUUGAAUUUCGCCGAAGCCGUGGGCGACGACUUGAGUUGUUACGACGACAACGAGGCGUGGCCGAGCCUGUUCGACGACUUCGUCGAGUACGAGAACGACCAAGCCAACCAAAACAUUUCCAAAGACAAGGACUGCGAAGGGCUGAUCAUCAUCGAGCAGAACGAUUGAUGGUGGUUCGGGCGUCUUGUAUAUAAAACUGCCUAUAUAUUUUUGACGGGGCGAAGACCCCGCCGGUCGUGAUAUUUGCGUAGUGGUGAGGUGUGCAACAAGGAAAUUUUUCUAUGAACGUACGUUUGAUCAUGCAGUUUUGCGCGCGCGCUAUUUGCUUUGGAUGUGUCGUCUGAUGGUUUUAUAUAACGGAAGUGAGAGAUAGGCAAGAAACGUGCCUACAUUUUUUACUUAAAUUCGGUUCACUCGUCCAUUAAUUUUAUUGUGGAGAUGUUAUUUUUUUAUGCGUCGUGACUCAGGACUAGGCCGCUAUUGAUUUUUAUGCUAAAUUAUCGGUGUGUUCAGUAUUAAUUCGGUCUCUUGUUGGAAGCUAAAUUCGCGAGCUGUCGGUUUUUCCUUUUUUGUGAUAUGUUCUAUUUGGAAUUUUUCGUGUAAGACUGAAAGGUCAUUUUAGGUGCUCUGAUUUUAACUGUCUUAUUUUUAUUACUUCAUUAUUCUAUCAAUAUAUUUAUUUAGAUUUUUUAAUUGUAGAUAUUACUGUAUAUUUGAAUGUUUUGUGAAUAAACAGUAUGAUUAUUUAA